CGCCUUGGCUUCAUGGGUUUUUCAAACCGCACUCUCCUUACUUCUUCCUUUUCGGCGCUUCCGCCUUUUUUCUUUUCUGGGCUGCAGGCUUGUGGAAGGCCUGCGGCGAUGGACUGCGCAGUGCCGGCGAGGCCCGGCUCCGUGCGGAUAGAUCUGGCCAAGGCAAAAUGCCGUCAUCCUGACUCACUUUCAAGGUUUGCUGUCAGGUGUGGCGCGAGCGCUGCUUCGCUGGCUGCGUUCCAAUUGCUCAGAAGUCGCGUUCAGCGCCGGGCUCGACCUUACGGCGACCGCUCGGUCGAUGCUGCAAUCAACAUUGGCCGCGAUGCUAGCCGCCAGCGGCGGCAAAAGAUGAGCGAUCAGGCCAAGAAGCAGCUCCGAAUAAUGGAGGUGAAGCGCAAGAUUCAAGUUCUGAAAGGUAGAAAAGCUGCCGUCGGUUACAGUCGGCAAGACGACAAGGAGGACAAAAAAGACGAGGCCGACCAGGGUCAGAUGGAGGAAGGCGAGCCCGCCGAGGGUCUGGCCAGAGAGGAAGCGGGUGAAGCUCAGGAUGACUGGGCAUUUAAACGAAGUGCCACAAGAGCCAAUGUGUCCGAUCCAAGCCUGCUGGACGUCAGCGACAAUUCCCGGGCCAUUGCAGAGACAGAGCUGUACGGAGCCGGUGGCAUUGCAACCUCCAGGCAGCUCAUCGACGCAGCGAUAGAGUUCAAUUCCAUCAAAGAUUGGGACAAGGCUGCCGAGCUGCUGGAGAUGGUCGGCCCAAGGAUCAGUGAGGAGCAGUUGAAUCGCAAGCUGGACUACAAGGAGGCGCAGGAGUUCGACGACGAGGCCACCACGCUCCUUGCCUCUGCGUACGCAAGCUCUGGAAGGCUCACGCUCUCCUUCAACACCUACGACGAGCUCAGGAGUCGUCUCACGGAGCCGAAGCAGCGCCAGCGGGCGGAGGCUGGCUGGGUGGAAGUGGCCUUCAAGAUUGCCGAGCGGCUCCAGAAGGACUAUCGCUGGCAAGAUUGUUUAAAGCUUCUUGAGACGGUCCGUGAAGUCGCUCAAACCCGCGUGGCUGGGGAGAAGAUGAUGGAGGAGAUCGAGAUGUACAUAGCCAUGUGCCUUCAGAAAGUUGGGAGGGAGGAUGAGGCCAUGGAGGUGUUGAAGUCUGUCAAAAACACCUCACGGAGCCGGAAUCGAAAGGCACAAGCCCAGUUCGUGAUGGAUGUCAUGAGUGUUGAUCUGCCCGAGAGCAGGAACGAGGAGUUUCACAAGGUUUGGGAUGACAACUUCAAUCUUCCAAAGGACAUGACGCGGCAAGUGGGUGCAGGAACCAGAAGAUCUGUCAACCUGAACCUCUCCACCCAGGAGCGGGCAUUCCGCACAUGGGCAUCCCAGUACUGGGAGGAGCGCUUGAAGAGUCCGGUCUACUACUUUGCCCUGACCCUUUGGGUGACGUGGCCUUUUGCCAUUCCAGUGGUAUCUAUAUUGCGAAGGUCUGGCAUGCUUGAACCGCUCUCUUGAGCCGGCCAAACGAGAGCUGGAUGC